UGGGGUGCCCCUCGUUCCCCCGUACGGUCACGUUCCUGAGUGUGCGUGGCCGUGGUGCGCGACGGUUCUUUGACUCGGCGCCGGGAGUCAGUCAACCCGGUGACGGCUUCCAGGCUGCGUGUUGUACUCUGCCGAGCGAGGUACCCGGCGCUCACGAGCGAAGACGACAAGCGCGCGUGCACAUGUGUACGCGUGGGUGGCCUUCGGAAAACCGCCAAGUAUCAGCGUGCAGCGCAAAGAGUCUAAUUUAUUAAUUUGCCAGUGAUUAAAAAAAAGAGUCCAAGUUCGAUUGUCGAACGCGAGAAAACGCGCCGAGGGUGCGACGAGGCGCUCGCUCCGAAAAUGCGAAAAGCCCGCGAUGCGCGCGAUCGACAGGUGACACGUUUCCGUUGAAAGAGUUCAACCGUUCCGCGCGCUGUCACGAGGUGCGUUGCGCUCCGAAAGACGCGAUGGAUCGCCGGUAAACGGAUCGAGGGAUCUUUGUUGGCGCGUCGUGAUCGACACGUCGGAUCGUCGCGCGUGAUCCGACUGCGAGAUUCACGGUAUCCACGGUAGCACUGCGGUGAUGGGACCAGGAAGUGUGUGCGAUCUCUGAAUCGAGAUCGAUCCAGAUAACCGGAGAGGAGGGAUCGAGUUCUUCUUCUUCCGCGGCGUUCCGCGCGUGCUUUGCAGUCCGCCGUCUAUCUCACAUCGAUCCGCAAACGGAGAUCCGUUGAUUACGCUGUAAGGAACGUUCCAAAGAGGAUUAUGCCGUUAUCGGAUUUGCGUGCGCCUAGGAACGUGCAAUCCUCAACUUCGAGAGCAUUACAGGCACUUGUAUAAGUGCACUCCUCCGACGAACGAUUGCUCUUCAAGGAAACCUUCAAGCGCGAAGUUUCUUCGCGUAGUCGCAGCGAGGUAGUCGGCGUUCGCGGGAAAGUGCGCCAGAGGAAUCUCGAUAUUUCCCGGUCCUUGGUCCGCAUUAACUCGCCGCAUUCUAGCGCGACGUACACGCGAUCCUGGAGUGAUCCGAUUGCGAUCGGUGAAAGGAUAACGGACGGAGGACGCACCGUCCACUGAGACUCUAAGGAAACCUUGCAGACCUCAUCGAGGCGAAGCGAGCUGCCGCGGCUCGAGAGGAUCCACGAGGAACUGCCCGCGAGUACCAAGACGAUCGCCCGACGACGAAGCACCGGCGCAUCCGCGAUGGAGGACGAGCUGCGGUGUCCCUGCUGCAAGGAGCUCUUCGUCGAGCCGGUGUUGUUGCCGUGCUGGCAUGCUUUGUGCCUGGCUUGCGCGGUGAAUCUGCAGGCACCACCGGAUUCACCACCCGAGUCCACCGCUGACUCGUCCAACGCGCCCGGCUCCGACCAGGAAGCCGACAAACUGUCGAUCCUGUCGGAGACCGACUCCGGCGUAGUGUGCAGCAGCACGUCCACCAGCUCGCGACCUGGCAGCUACGUCGGCACUCCGGGUAACGGCGGUUUCCCGCCGUCCGGCGGCACCCUUUGCCUGUCGUGCCCCGUCUGCCAGAAGACGGUCUACUUCGACGAGGGCGGCGCCCACAAUCUGCCCAAGUACCGGGCGAUGCAGCACAUCGUCGACAAGUACCAAGAGUCGAGGAACUCGCGGCUGCAGUGCCAGAUGUGCGAAGGGGAGCCGCGCGAUGCCACAGUCGCGUGCGAGCAAUGCGAGGUUUUAUAUUGCGACGCCUGUAGGGAGUCCUGUCAUCCGAAGAGGGGCCCACUGGCGGCCCACAACUUGGGACCACCGAGAGGCAGCUGGCAAUCGAAUGGAAGCAAGGGGUCCCGGCCCGAGGGCACGCCGGUUUGCAACGAUCACAAUGGCGAAGCGGUGACCCUGUAUUGCGCUCUUUGCAAAAUCGCGAUAUGUGCCCUAUGUCUUCGCGACCGUCACGCCGCUCAUCCUCACGACGUCCUGCCAUUAGCUGCUGCCUGCAAAGCCCAGAAGACGGAGCUGUCGCAGAAUCUGCAGCAGCUGUCGGAGAGGGCCCGCUCGACGACGGAGUUCAUUCAAAGGCUCAAAGGAAUGACGGAUAAAGUGCACGAAGAAUGCGUGGCGCUCGAAGAAGAGGUCGAGGAUCGCGUGGCAAACCUGGUGAGCCUCUUGCAGGCAAGGAAGUCACGAUUGAUCGAAGCCGCCCGACAGACCCGAGAGGCCAGGGUGCGUUCGCUGCGAGAUCAAGUGGCGAGAUGCGCCACGCAUCUGCAAACGACCACGGCAUUGCUCACCUUCUGCAUCGAGGCGCUGAAGGAAACUGAUAGCGCAGCCUUCCUGCAAAUCGGCGGCAUGUUGUCGGUGCGGGCGGCGACCGCCGCCGGUUCUUGGGGUGGCGCCGAGGGAGUGCAAGAGAUCGCGCGUCUGCCGUUGCUGGAUCUCACUCUGGACGACAAGCCGCUGCGCCGCGCCAUCGAUCAGCUCACCUUCGUUCAGCUCAAACCGUCAGAGGGGGAAGAAAGAUUUCCGACAGCAGCACCCGGAGCGCCUUUACUGAUCCCCGAAGAGUGCAGCGCUGAGAACAACAGCGUUACCGUUGCCUGGCAGCCACCACCUGGACAUGGGAUUAUGGGGUGCGCUGGACAGAGGGGCCCCGCCAUCGAGGGAUAUCUCUUGGAGUUGGACGACGGCUGCGGCGGAGAGUUCAGGGAGGUGUAUUGCGGCCGCGAGACCAUAUGCACGGUGGAUGGACUGCACUUCAACUCGCUCUACAACGCUAGGGUGCGGGCGUUCAACAGCGCGGGUGAGGGCGAGUACUCGGAGCUGAUCGGUCUUCAGACCGCGGAGGUGGCGUGGUUCUCGUGGGCGACCGGUGCGGCCGGCAUACCGCAGGAGGUGUCCAUAUCCGAGGACGCAAUGAGUGCAUCCUGCGAGGGCUACGAGCACCGCGUGGUCCUCUCGAGUGUCGGUUUCUCGCGGGGCGUUCACUACUGGGAGCUGACCAUAGAUCGAUACCAUAGUGACACCGAUCCGGCCUUCGGUAUCGCCCGAGCCGACGUAUCACGCGAUCAGAUGCUAGGUAAGGACGACAAGGGGUGGAGCAUGUACAUAGACCGACAGCGGUCGUGGUUCAUGCACGGUGGCGGCCAUGCACAGCGGACAGAGGGUGGCGUUCAGCAGGGAUCGACCGUUGGCGUGCUCCUUGACCUCGACACCACGCACACGCUGCGCUUCUUCGUGAACGAUCAGCCGCAGGGUGGUAUCGCCUUCCGCGAUCUCUACGGCGUUUUUUAUCCGGCGGUCAGCUUGAACCGCGGCGUCACCGUCACUCUCCACACUGCCCUGGACGUGCCGCGUCAUCUGCUCGCACUUCACGAGGAGUACGUGAACGACAUGGUUCAGAGCUAGGGGUACCUUAACGUCCUGAAGAAAGGUCUGCCGCAAGAGAUCGGCUCGUCCGUAGGCAUGUCCUUUUUCGUCACCGACAGAUGCAGGGAUUUCGAGUCGGGUCCGUCGCUGGAGAAGAUCGUUGAGGAGAGCCCGGUCGACGUUUAACUGAUGAUCCGAUAGAUCCUUUACUAGAAUUGCCCGAGCGAGCGAUCGUGGCCUCGGGUUUUAAUUUGAUUAAGCUCGACACGAUUAUCCAGAGCAUCCGAGUCGCUCCGAAAUGUUUAAUGAUCUUAAUGUGGACUUUGAUUCUUUUGCGGAAUUGUGUGACGAAACGAAAAGCGCCGGUGUAUAAUCUCCUCAAGGAUUCAAGCAUUGGAUGAUAUUCUUCCCGGGUGUUUGGCGAUGCCGCGCAAUUAUGCGAGAAUAUUGCGCCAAGUAUUUUCCAACGAUGUUUCACGUUAAGCCUGAUUUGUUACAGGAAGCGCGGGAGCCGGAAUAAGAAUUAAUCUGACCCUCUGUUUGAGUUGUUUCUCUCAAUUCAGGAAUUUAUUAUCCUCGAGGAUGUUAACCCGAGCAGGAUUCGCCUCGCGCGCUACUUGUCCGGAUAUAAACGGGCUCCACGAGGAAUAACACGAUUCAACAGGUUCAGAAACUUCGGCGAGAAGGUUUCCGAGGGAGGCGUAAACCGUUGACCUUUUUGGAUCCGCCUUGUUCGAGAAACUGAAACUUAGAAUCACGACUCUAGUUAGGAAUUGGGAUUACUUUCUCGUUUCGUCCUCGCGUUCAGUAAUUGAACCGUCGGCGAUAUCGUUCGAUUCGUGUGCAUGCUGAUGCACAGUGCGGGACGCAAUGUAAAAUCGAAGAGAGAAAGACUACUUUAUCCCAGAGAACCAAUGAGACUGAAAUCAUUCAGGCACACGUCAUGCGAUCCAUAAAUAAUAUCGCGCGUUAGUAGGCCAAGAGAGCUAAGAUGAAGAUCUCAUCGUGACGCUGGAACCUCGGUCCAUCUUCUAUUUAUAUCGCGCUGUUGUAAGAGCAAAGCAAAGAUAAUAUUUUUCCUCUGCGCUGUCUGAAUACGUUUCUUAAUGUCUUAAAAAAUUAUCUCGACGAAGACUGGAAGCACUUCCGAGGUCGAUGUCUUUGCGAUCGGUCAACUGUAACUUUCUGAUUUCCACGUGGUAGCCGAUCUUACACCCCAGAGAGGAGUGUAUUCUCGUGAGGAACUUACCGGAUAUUUAACCGGAAGGUGAAGCGACCGAUCCUUAGACGUCCAAGCGUCGUCGCCGACAAACUUUGCCCGUGCUCGAGUAGAUGCGAUCAAUCGGUUGGCUCGAAAGAUCGCGCGUCAAGAGCUGAAGAGUCACCGCAAAUAAGUGUGAGAGGCGUCCCUUGUGGUAUUCAUUGCUCGACGGAGAGAGUUCGCACGAGUGAGAAGUAUGGUCUCGCUCGCUGGCAGCCCUUCCCUCUCUCGUCGGGACGAUGGGGAGCUUCUUACUCCGAGGAAUGAAGUUAAGACGGAAUGCACAAAGUCCACCUCGACAACCGACAAAGGGUAUCGAGAAGGACCUUGAAUAGCUUCCUCCGUAGCGUGCCCCGAGUAGCCAAUAAAGAAACGAUCAGUCCCAUCGGAGACGUGGCGUUCACGCCUCGCGGUUUUUGUCGGUCGCGUAAUUAACUCUUUCAGCACCUGCCACCAUGUGCAUCCACUUUUAGUGAUCGCUUGGGAGCACGCGUUAACUUUGUUGCACAGCCAUGCGUGAAAAGGUAAAUCUAUAUAAAGUUCAAAAAUAAAUUUAAAUUAAAUUGGCAGUCUUGAUAUCUCUUAUAAUAUAUAAAAUUGUUUAAUUUUGGAGAAAAAUAUAUGUUAUCUAAAGGAACAAUUUAUAUACAAGAUUCGUACAAUAGUCGUUUAAUAAUUGAACUCGGGAGAUAGCGUGGCGUAUCUGCUUCGUUCCCAAAUUUCGGUGGAUCGAAGAAUAGAACGUGGUAGAAUCUGGUAGAAUCCCCAAUCUAAUUCGCCGCUGAAACGGUUAAUGAACGGGCGAACGAAAAUCGCGGGCAUCGAGCUGCCGAUCGAGCGCUGACGCGGCGCGAUCGGCGACGGAGGAUCGACCGUGGUAAGGCCGAUAAUUAUCCCGCGGGACGAAGAACCGGAAGAGCCGUGUCUCUGUUUCUCGCCCCACCGGAAGACACGCUGAUCAGACGGUUCUCCUAUCCCGCUUGCGCGAUCGACAGAUCGCUCGAUCGUCCAUCAAUUAUCCAUAUCGACAAGCACCUAUAAGUGUAUAAUCGCGUCAUAGGCGUUAAGCUCCAUUAAAAAGCGUAUAGACAGGUAAGCCGUAUAAAAGCAUUGCUGCUGCAGCUUUAGUGUACAAUAACGAAUCGAAUAUACGUUUUCUAGUCUUCAAUAGAGACCCGAUCGACAUCCCUCCGCCUUCUCCAUUUGCAGAUCCUCCUUAUACCUUCGUCCUCGCGCCAUCGUUUAUUCCCUUCCCCCUCAUGUCCAUGUCCGAACUCGUUGAUUCCUUUUUUACGACUUUGUAUCUCUCAGCGAUCAGGACCCUUCUCGGUCCUCACGCUCGACUCGUCGUUAUAUUUCGACGUAACGAUAACUCGGCAGCGCUUUUGCAACCGGGUAUUGCGCUGUGCAGCGAAAGCGUCGCAUACGCGUACGCGCGCGCGCCUUCCGGCGCCACAUGUACAUAAAUGUAUAUAUACAUAUGAGUAUAUCGAUUGUACCGCCGAUGAGUUUGCCGAUUGUACCAUUUACGACUGUAUCGGAUCAAUAAAACGCAACGAAAACGCCC